UAAGUACCUCCAUAUAGUAUCCAUCAUAUACACGCAUGUACCCUGUUUGCUUAAGACUUAAGCGUUACCACCAAGAUUUGUCUUCCUCUCUAUCAUCAUCUUUAAUCAUUUGGCAGGCUUCUAAAUUCAUUCAUUUUCAUAAACCCUUCCUCCAGUUUAGCUUCAUCUGCUGUCUUAAGCUCUUAAUUUCCAAUUUCCGGGGAUCAAGAAGGCAAUAUUUGCAUAUAAAUAUGGAUGGAUCUGGUGUAAGGCAGAGGGCAUCAUCUUCGAACAUUUUGUCAAAUUAUAAGCUUGGGAGGACCCUUGGUAUUGGGGCAUUUGGUAAAGUGAAACUUGCAAUUCAUAUCCCGACAAAGAUUAAAGUUGCUAUUAAGAUCCUAAAGCGUCAAUCAAUUAAUGAUUCUGAUGCUGAAAAAGUGAGACGAGAGAUCAACAACCUAAGGCUAUGUUCCCAUCCACACAUAGUUCGCCUUUAUGAGGUCAUAGAGUCUCGAUCAAAAAUUUAUGUUGUCAUGGAGUACAUGAAUUCUGGUGAACUUUUUGAUUAUAUCACGGUGAGGGGUAGACUCAAAGAAGACAAGGCUCGCCACUUCUUCCAACAGAUCAUUUCAGGCGUCGAAUGUUGCCACCAUCACAUGGUGGUCCACCGAGACCUCAAGCCAGAAAAUCUACUUUUGGAUUCAAAACACAAUAUCAAAAUUGCUGACUUUGGUCUCAGCAAUAUCAUGCGGGAUGGCCAUUUUCUCAAAACAAGCUGUGGAUCCGCGAAUUAUGCAGCUCCUGAGGUUAUCUCUAACAAAUUAUAUGCUGGUCCCGAGGUUGAUGUUUGGAGCUGUGGCGUCAUCUUAUAUGCUCUUAUGUGUGGGAGGCUUCCUUUCGAUGAUGAUAAUCUUCCGGGUUUAUAUGCAAAGAUCAAUAACGGAGUAUACACCUUCCCAAACUAUCUGUCUAUUGCUGCACGUGAUUUGAUUUCCCGGAUACUUAUUGUCGACCCAAUAAGCCGCUUGUCAAUCCCUGAAAUACGUCGGCAUCCUUGGUUUCAACUACAUAUUCCUCGAUAUCUGCUUGAGCCCAUGGUCACUGAAGGUUACAACACCGAAAAGCAACAUCUGGUACAUGAGGAUCGUCCUGAAAUAUACUUGAGAUCGCAAACUCAUGAUCAAAGAAAGUGGGCACUUGGAUUUCAGUCUCAAGCAAAUCCCCGUGAAACGAUGACAGCUGUGUUAAAGAUUUUUCAGAAGUUCAAUGUACGAUGGAAGGAGAUAGGACCUUACAAUAUGAAAUGUCUCUGGUUGCCUCUAUUUUCCUCCAUUCCCAAGGAUACACUUAAUGAUGAUGGAACUGAUGUAAAUUCCAAAGACGAUCUCGAAUUGUCAAUUAUGAGUGUGAGCAAAGCGGGUGUUAGGGUGCAAGAUGCAGUUAGAUUUGAAAUCCAGCUCUAUAAAACUAGUGAAGCAUCGUAUCUUCUGGAUCUGCAAAUGAUUUACGGGACACCAUUGCACUUCCUUGAAAUUUGCGCUGUGUUCUUCGCAUCGGUAGUCACUUAAUUUUGAGAAAAAGUUAUCUGUCAUAAACUGAAGAAGUGGAGCUAUUACUUAUCCGUUUCUAGUAGGUUCCCUUCCGAACAUGAGCAUUAUCCUUUGCUGAGACUGUUGUAAUUUGAUGUAAAUAAAUUCUCGUUACGUGCUACACAUAUGCAUCGGUGUGUUUACUACAGAAGACAAAUCAAUUUUAUGUGUUUGUUUGGCCUAGUGGCUAGUACUUUGGACUGUUGGUGUUUUACCUGUAUCCAAAGAUGGAAAUGGCUUAAUGGAUAUUAAUGGAAGUCUUAAGAGAGAUUCAA